AUGAGGUCUUGGCUGUGGCAGUGUGUCGACGAUCAUCCAAAGUGCAGAACCACACUCUCGGGUAAGAUAUUUGGUUUUGGUUCCCAGAACUCAUCCUUGGAUGCGAGCAAGCUGCCUUUCCGGGUCCUUGACGUUGGGUCUCCAGGAUCACCACUUGUCAAACUCGUCGAAACCACCACGGAAACGCCCAGAGCUCCCUACGUUGCGCUCAGCCAUUGUUGGGGUCCUCCAGACAAACAACCGCUCAAGACAACGCUUCAUACAAUAGGGGAUCACAUGCACCCGGGUAUCCCGCUUGAUCGCCUUCCACAAACUUUUGCGGACGCUGUGUGGGUCACCAGAGAGUUGGGAAUCCGCUACCUGUGGAUCGACUCUUUGUGCAUCAUCCAAGACAGUCCGGCAGACUGGGAAACAGAGUCACACAAGAUGGGUUCCAUCUACGAAGGGGCGACACUCACAUUGGGAGCUGCGUAUGCUCGCAAUUCCUCCGAAGGGCUUUUU